GCUCUCUUCUAAACCGCUGUGCUUGUUGCGGAAUGAUAACGCGCGGCGUGUAACUGCCAACAUGCAGAGAAUUAUCGAUUAUUCGCAGGAGGAUGAUGAUGCGACGCCGAUGGAGAUCGAGCACGAUCCAUUCACACCCAAUACCCUUUACAUCGCUGUCUACGCGACAGAGCGUGAAGGCAAGUUGCAGGAAGAUCUUGGAAUGAUGUUUUGUGCCGUAACGCCUACCGCCGGCACGUACUUUAUCGCCCAACCCCGUCCAGCAGAUGGCAAGUUCAUCUUGAACAUGACGAGCACCUAUCCAGCCGACUACACUAUCCGAGGAUGGUAUCCGAUUGGCAAUAGACCUGUCGAAUAUCGGGAGACGACAACUGCUAAUGGCAAAGUGAAUGGAGUUCGGCGCGAUAUUACGACGGGCGAGUCAUGGCUCUGGACCGCCCGUUUACUGAGAAGUUUCAGCGAGAAGCCGGACACGAUCAACUGGGGUGCAGUCAUACCUGUGGUUGUCGCACGAACUCACAUCAUGUCGGAUGAAUGUAUCGAGAACAUGGUUGGUGUUGUUCCCGGUUUGGAGGAGGCCAUACAGAACAAGCAGACGUGAAGGACUGCAUGGACGCUAUUGUUGCCGCAGGCAUGCAGGCUAUGUUCAGGGCAGAGUUGUAAACUAUCCAUCGGCAAUAUUAGGUUCGCCUCACCCUCCUUUGUAUAUUGUUCUCGUCUAUCACUCUCCACUUAUACAUUAGGAAGUUAAUCGUAGGAAUUCAUCUCGAAGGUGGAUAAUGACCAGCACGAUAUAUCGCCGUGAUCCGCCCGCAACUUUGGGCAAAUAACUUGGGGAGCUCGCCCUGUGACUCCGAGCUAUAAGAUCGUUGCGUUGUAUCGUCCAGAAAUUAGGAGGCUCGUCCUUAUCAUCCCAGCGCGAUUUACCGGGAUGGAUAUUGAUCUCCACAUAUCAUCUCUUCCUGAUCUGAUACCGCAUUGUGAUCUGGGAACGCAGUCGUUUUCCUACUGCCGAGCCGUUUCGAGGAGUCGACAUGACGAGAAGACCUAUGAUGUGACCAGCCACAAGAGGGAA